AUGGCAGUUGGACCACUUUCUCUGUUGUGUACACAUACCUCUAUUCAUAGUUCCUGGGGCAUUAGGCUGGACUAGACUCUUGCCAUCGUAGUAUGCCUGAGUCCCCCACUGUUUUGUGUGAAUAGCUGCGGCACUUGGAAUGCCUUCCUUGAUUUUUGCCUCUCCUCAGACUAAAAAGGAGACAGUGGCUCCCUUGCUUGUCACCUUGCCCAGCCCAAUAGGCCGUGAGAUGUGGUGGCAACCAAACACCUUCCCUCAAGCCAGAUUCACCCUUCCCUCGGCUCCACUGGUUUGCUUGUGAUCCGAAGCAGCCUGUGUUUGUGCUGCAGAGCCAGCAAGAAUCUCCUGUCUGUUUGAACAGGCCACAUUUGGUUCAAAAAUUAGAUCCUGGGAGUGUAGGGGAAGAAUGUUUGUACAGAAUCCCAAGACAACAACAACAACGCCGGCAAAUUAAAACUGCCCUGCCAAAAUUGUGGCACUGGGCUUCAGCGAAUAAGCCUGGCACUAAAUUGACAAGAAGGUCACAUCCCAGGAGAGUCUGUAGCUAGCACAACUUUAUUGAUCUUGUCUGUGGUGAAAGCAAAUGGACGCUAAUUUUCCCACCAAGGUCCUGUCUCCACUUGCUGGUGAUCUUGAGUCUGGGAUGGGCUUGCUGUCUCCGCUCUUAGUUGUCUCAGUGUCCAGGAAUGUCUUCGGGACACUGCAAAAACCCACAAGCUGGAAACCGACUAACAAAAGUGAAAGUGACCCUGUUAGAAACAUAGCUAGUUCUAUGGCUAUGGUUUUCAAAGGAGGGCCCAAGUCCUCCCUGGAGAGAGAGAAAUGGUUGCCAGGAAGAAGCUCGUGAUGGCUCCAGCCACCUGGCUUUGCUGACAGACACCCGCAAUAAGCUUGACAGUUCUAGUCUGCAUCAGAAUUCAUCCCCUUCUGGAAGAGCUGAGAAUAGUUUGGGGAAGAAACCUGAUAUUUGGGGAGUGGAGUCCUUUGCUCCAAAACUCUGGAGCACCGAAGGCAUGGGAGAUUCCUACACGGCCACUUUCCCCAAUGGGAAUGGACUGAUGUCUCCCUCAACAAGCCCUCAAGCUUCCACCACUUACAGCAAUGACUACAGUCCCUUCUCUCACUCUUUCCCAGCCUCCCCCACAUCUCAAGAUCCAUCAUCCCUGCUGGUGUCCAAGGGGCAUCCAUCCCCUGAUUGUCUCCCCAGUGUCUACACCUCCUUGGACAUGGCACACCCUUAUGGCUCUUGGUACAAAGCUGGCAUCCAUCCGGGCAUCUCCACGAGCUCUAGCAACCCCACCGCUUCCUGGUGGGACAUGCACUCCAAUAGCAACUGGCUGAGCUCUCAGCCCCAGUCAGACGGACUCCAGAGCUCCCUGCAGUCCAUGCCUAGCCAGGCUCCCAUCAGCCCCCAGCUGCCCAGUUACACAUCUGAUUUCACCACUUUGAACCCUGCUCCAUACCCUGCUGUGGGCAUCACUUCCUCUUCACACCUCCUCCCUUCAGGCCAACACGUGUUGCCCCAAGAGAUGUACAAGCCCAAGCCAGUGGCCAACAACUCCCUGAUGGAAGGUGGGAUUGGACUGAAGUCUGGAAGAGGCAGCUCGUUUGGGAGCACAGCAGGCCGGUCGACCUGCGAUUGUCCCAACUGCCAGGAGCUGGAACGGCUUGGGGCCUCAGCAGCCAGUCUGAGGAAGAAGCCCAUCCACAGCUGCCAUAUCCCAGGCUGCGGGAAGGUGUAUGGGAAGGCCUCACACCUCAAGGCCCAUCUGCGGUGGCACACUGGGGAACGCCCCUUUGUCUGCAACUGGCUUUUCUGCGGCAAGCGUUUCACCCGCUCGGACGAGCUGGAGCGCCACGUCCGCACCCACACCCGGGAGAAGAAAUUCACUUGCUUGCUCUGCAACAAGCGCUUCACCCGUAGCGACCACCUCAGCAAGCACCAGAAGACCCACAACGAGAUGGGGGUGAGCAAGCCCCCUGAGGGCGAAGCUGAACGGGAGGAGGCUUCCACUGUGGCCAGCUCUCCCAACACCACUAUGCAGGAUGGCCUACCUGGAGAGGAGAAAGACGCCACCAGCCCAGAGCAGAGCAAUCUGCUAGAAAUCUAGGCUAGGCCUUGAGUGUCUGCUCCACCUGCCGUUCUUCAUGCCACCGCCACCCUUUUAAAAUGCAUCUUGUUUAAAUAAUUUAUUUCCUGGUGAAAGCACAGAUACCGAUAGAGAAAGCGUGCUGAAUCUCCAGGCCUUUCCUCCAGACAAGAUCCUACCUUAUGUCAAACUUCCCAACCCAUCCAACCCUUGAAGUGAACUUGGUUGAGACACCCGAAGGUCCAUGACUUUGUGGCCAGUCACAGAUACUAGACCAAGCUAGAUUACUGGUGGCCACCCCCUGCAUUUUAACAACCAAAGUCUUGGUCUCUGCUGGAUGUGAUAUCUCAAGAGAAUGGACAAAAACUGUGAAGUGAUGCCAUCCCCAUAACCAUUUGGGGCUAGCCAACUGGCAGGCAGGGCAGGAUUGAAGUGGGUUUUUCUCAGGGUAUGUAUAGGAAUCACCUUCUGUCUAGUGUAACCCACAGAACAGUUCUGAGCGUCUCUCCUGACCCUUGCAAUGAGCAGCAGUUCAGCUAUGCUCGGCAGUGGGUGAGAAGGUAAGAGGCUUGGACUGCUUCAAGACUAGGGUGGGAGGACCUGUAUCUAUGGAACAUGCUCCUGCUGCAGAACUCAUAAAGAGGCAAGUGUGAGCUUGUAGCUCAGGACUUGACAAAUAGGCUUGACAGGUCCAGAUUCUAAAAGGACUCUUGUACCUUUAAGAGCUGCAAGGACGGGCACAUUCUACCAGGGCUGCCUCUUAGUGUCCAUUGCAGUCCUGGUGAGAAAGCCACAACGGGCAAAACUCUGAAUGCUGUGAAGCUCUUAAAGGUACGGAAGCCCUUUCAGGGUCUGUACAUAGGGCUCUGUGGUCAGGAGUCGACACAGACUCUGACGGCACACUUUAUUUUACAUAGCAAUUUAAGAUGAAAGUAACAGGAAGUAAGACUGAUGGGUAGGGUAUGAAAAAAUGUAAAGUUUAAUUGUGAUGCCCCCUUUAUAAAAGCAAGGAUACCAUUGGUUAGGAAUUAAUGCAUCUAUGAACUGUGCAAUGAAAAUCCAAUUCAAGUAAACAGGAAAUAUGUUAGUAUUGGGCAGUAGCCACCAGUCUAGAGGCUAGAUCAGAAUACAGUUUUGAAAGGGAUGGAUGUCUAUCCAGCUGCAUAGUCAUUCCUUAUGGUCUAUAAACAACAGGGGCUCAAUCCUGCUCCAGUCCCUCUCCUAUCCCUGCCUGUCAAUGCAAAAGGGUCACACAGUCCAGUCGGUGAUAUAACACCAACCCACCAAAAGUAUCUGCCUUGUACAGUUGCCAGCCCGGUUUAGUAUGUGCACACACACUAAGCCAGAAGCAUGAGAAUGGAAGCUGCCACAUAGAUACGCCAUAAAUUGGAGUACUAAGGGACAUGACUCCAUAUGCUUAAACAAGACUGCUGUUGAAAUCCAGAAGUUCACUUUGCUACACAGAGGUAAAGAGGGCUGGAGAAAACUAAGGUCAGCCACUCCAGGAGUCAAAAAGAGGUUGCAAGCUGUCCCACUAAGGUGCUACAAGACUCUUGGAUCUCCCCAUGUAUUUAAUCCAGAAGUAUAUUUAUGCCUUAAAUUAUGUUGACAAAUUAACAGAGGGAAGGAGGCGACUGGGUUCUCCAAGAGGCCUCUUUGACAUGAGGCUUCUAUUAUCUAAUCAGGGUCAUCUCUCUGUUAAUUGGGGAACUUCCUUCAUGCAAAACAGCAUGAUCUAUAACUUGCUCGAUGUCCCUUUCCUCCCCACCCCAAGCUUCAUACAGUGACAAAAAUGGAAUAUUUAUAAUCUUGAAACACCUUUUUAUGCUUGGGUUUUAAAAAAUGAUCCAACAGAAUCAACCCAUGUCAAUAUCGAGAAUAAAGGCCAGAUUGUCAGUAACUGAUGAGCACUCACAUUUCUAGAAGAGAUCAGCUCUGGUUUAAGAAGCUGACAUCUGGCCAAAGGCUGAUUCCUCAAUGAAGGGAGCCAUUGACACAGAUCCCUAUUAUGUGGGGACAUUAUCUGCUUCCCAAAGGUCCAUUUUCUCUGGGCCUCCAUGGUUAAACAUCUUCCACUUUCCUUUGAUCUACUUGCUCCUAUAUCCAGGUCAAGACCAUCUGAUUUAGGGGGAAACUAUACAUUACACUUGACAAGAGUCUGCCAUUCAAAAUGGUGUUGAAUUCUCCCAGUUCCUCUGUAAUGUUGAGGCACACUGCAUUUUGUUAUACCCAUUUGCAUGUUUCCCCACUCCUCUGCAUCAAUCACCAGCUGCCACUGGCGGAGGCUAGGAAACACCCAACAUCGUAACAUUCAGAAAAGUGUGUCUAAAUAUCCUGGGGAGAAGGGGGCUGUUAUUAAGCAAAAACACCAGGCAGCAUUCAGCAUUUGUGUCAAAGAGAGGCACAUUGUGCCAGCAUCAGAAGGGCAAAAUAAUGUUCUAAAUACUGCUUUCUCUGUGCCAUAACUCGAAUGGCUUUUUUUAAUGGUUGGAUUUUGCUUGUUUUUAAUUUAAUAAAGAAUAAAAUAUAAGCUAUGUUGUGGGGUGGGGGGAAUGCUCAAAGCAACUUGAUCUUUAUGUUCGGAGGAAAGCACAAUCAGGUGCUACUGUACCACAAUUCAAAUAAAAUUGCACUCAUACUGCCUGAAAUAUAGCUCUUUCUGCAUU